UUUCCUUACUAAUAUUCACAUCUAUCUGUGAAUGAUUAGUUAUGGCGAGAAAAAUACUUUUGGCUCUCUCCAAACUAUAGUUCCAAUCCGUUUUUUUCUUUUUUUCUGGUCAAAUCCGUUUAUUUCCUUCUCCCUCAACAUAAAAUGACACUACACGUCAUCGAGCUUGCCCGAGUCACCCCUGCCGCCGACUCCGACUUCGACUCGGUUCUAAACUCCGCCAACUCGCUCGCAAUCCCGUUGACUUUCUUUGAUCUACCAUGGCUAGUAUUCCCCCCAGUGAAGCGAGUCUUCUUCUACGGGCUCACCGAGUCGACUCAUGAGCAUUUCAACUCAUUCAUCCUCCCUAAGCUCAAGCUCUCCCUCUCCCUCGUCCUCCGCCGCAGCUAUCUCCCUCUCACUGGCCGCAUCGUCUGGGACCCAAACCAGCCCAAACCGAACAUCAUCGUCUCCCAAAACGACACAGUUUCAGUGACCAUCGCGGAGAGUGACGCUGAUUUCUCACUUCUCUCCGGCUAUGGACAGCGUCCAGUUACCGAGUUACACAGCUUACUCCCCGAGUUACCAGUUUCCGAUGACUCAGCGACCGCAUUCUCUCUUCAAAUCACGUUUUUCCCCAACAACGGAUUCUCCAUCGGCGUUGCCGCACACCACGCCGUUUUAGACGGAAAAACGUCAAGCAUGUUCGUCAGAGCUUGGGCUCACUUAUGCAAACAACAUAUUGAAGAAAACAGAGUCGUAUCCUCUCUGCCGGAGACUCCAACUCCAUCUCUUGAUCGGUCUUUGAUCAAAGACCCGACCGGACUCGAUGAACAGAUGAUCGAGAUCGUGACGUCUCUGAAACACAACAAAACCGGCGGGAGAAUAAGUCUGCGUCCGAUUCCCGCCCAGGAGCCCACACACGACGUCGUACUGACCACGCUCGUGCUGUCUCGCGUUGACGUCGAGAGGCUCAGGGAGCGAGUCAAGAGCGACUCACGGACUCGAGAUAAGAACCUCCACCUGUCGACUUUCGUCAUCGCCUAUGCUUACGUGUGGACAUGCCUUGUGAAGGCGCGUGGAGGAAGCGGGGAGAGACGCGUGUGUUUCCUCUUCUCUGGAGAUUUCAGAGAGCGUCUGGAUCCGCCGCUUCCGGCGACUUACUUCGGUAAUUGCGUGUUUCCGGCGGGUAGCUACAACAGGAAGGCGGCGGAUUUCGAGGGAGAGGAAGGGUUCGUAACGGCGGUUGAGAUUCUCAGCGAGUUGGUGAAAGGUUUGAGUUCAAGAAAGAUUGAGACUAUCGCGGAAGAAUUCAAGAUUGGAUUCGAUUCUAUAGGUGUUGCCUCACAGUUCGGGACGGUAGCCGGGUCGACCCGGUUGGGUGUAUAUGAUUCAGAUUUUGGGUGGGGAAGACCCGUUAAGGUUGAUGUUGUCUCCAUCGAUGGGGAGAGGAUCUCAAUGGCAGAGAGACGUGAUGAACCAGGUGGCGUAGAGAUUGGAAUAUGCAUGAAGAAGAGUGAUAUAGACGUCGUCCUUACUCUGUUCAACAAUGGUUUACAAAACUAAACGCCUUUUUUUGUUUCUACAAAUUUCAAUAAGACAUAGCUCAUUGAGCUGUUCUUGUGUUCUUGUUUCUUGUUUCUUGUGAAGCUUUGAAAGCAAGAAACUUGAUCGUUAGAGUUGUGAGCUUGUAUGCGAACUAUCUCAGAACAUAAUAGUUUCAACAGUUGCAUUUUGUUUU